AUGGAACAUCUCUUCAAGAAGCACCUCCCAAGCGGCUCCUCUCAAGAUCAAGAUGAGCUAGAGAUGCUGCGGCAGAAAAACAAAACUCUGGAGGAGGCGAUCAAACGAACUGAAAAUGAGCUUGAAGAAGAAAAACUGAAACUGUCCAGACUACAAGAGAAGACGGCCUCAUGGAAAGAGAAGGUGAAGCAACUCACAGCGAAGGAUCGGGCACGGAUCGCCGAACUGGAAGAGGAAAUAACGCUGAUGAAGACUAUAAGUGAAACCGCUGGUGUUCCCAUGACUGCAGAACUGCAGUCCCUUGUUGACAGAAGCUUGGCAGCCGUGCGCGAGGAGCACGUGCGGCAACAGACACUGAAGCAGGACGAACUCACCAAGGCACUUGCCUCCCUAUCGCAACGUGACGCAGAACUGGAGAAAAGUCGCUGUGAAUUGGAGGGCCUUAAAAAUCAAUACAUUGAGAACCAACAACGCUUCACACAGGAACUGGAAGCCCUCUCGGCGCACCAUGAAAGAGAGCUCAAGCAGCUGCAAGACCGCUUGGGUGGCCCAGACAAAAUCCGUGCCCUCGAGCAACAGAUACAAAAACAGACGGAAGAAAUACAAGCAUUGGAAGAGCACUCCACCCACCAAAAAGUCCUUGCCGGCGAAUUUCAAAAGGAACUUAUGGGUCUCAAACUUGAAAAUGACGCACUGCACAACAAGUUGAAAGAGGCACAACAGGCGUCAAGCGCCAUGCAUGGCAAACUAAUAGGCGAAGAGGGCAUAACAAAUGAAGAAAACACUGGCAAAAAGACCACCGACAACUCACACCAAGAGCAUCAGCAGAGGCCACAAGAGGAAGACGCCGUAACAGGGAUGCACCCAUUACUUGGGGAAAAACUGCAGCGAUGGAAAGAGAAGGUGAAACAGGAAAAACUCAAAGACGUCGCAAACAUCCGUACACUCACACAAGAGCUUCAGCAAUUAAAAGAGCAAUCUACAGCGGCUCAAAACAUAAUCCACAAAAUAGCCACUCAUCUAAAGGAAGCCCCACCUGAUAUCAAUCAUUGUAUUCACGUUGCAGAGGAAUACUGGAGAGGGUCCCAUGGCAAUACUGAGCACUUGGACAGGGUAUUCACACCCGACAAACACACAGAACAAGCAGUUGAUGCGCAAAACGACCACAACACGCACAGUAUUGACUCGACUAUUCGGGCGCUAACAAACAAACUGGACACUGCUGUGCAGGAGCGCGAGGAGGUGCAGCGUGAGCUGGAACGUACGACCGAGGAGCUGAGCACCCUCCGGGAGCAGCACGGCACGAGCACCGUGGAGCUGCAGGUCCAGCUGGACACUGCUGUGCAGGAGCGCGAAGGUGUUUUGCAGGAGUGCAAAAGGCUGCAGGAUCGUUGUGCGGAGGUUGAGAGGGAAUGUCAUUCUGUUGUGAAGGAGAAGGAAGGCGAACUGCGUAUGCUUGAGGAGAAGAUUGUUGUCUGGAAAGAGAAGGUGAAAGCUACGAAGGCGAAAGAUGAUGCGCGCAUCGAGAGCUUGGAGGGCGUUGCUGCGUCUAGGAGUGAUGAUGUUGAGAAGCUAAAAAGCUGCCUAGUUUUGAUGCUGGCUGUCGCUGCUGCUGCCUCUACCGAUUAUGAUGCUUCUUUGGUGUGCACUGUUUCAAGCGAUAGGGGCGAGGGUGAUAUUGCUCUGUUGCUGAAGAAGGCAGAUGACUUUAGGUUGACUUUAACGGAAGUAAUUCGGCCGCUCGCGGAGCGUGAGGGGAUAAAUUCUGUAGUUGAGCUCCUGACCGCGAUGGAUGGGAAGGUGUCUGCGCUGCAGGUGGAUCUUGAUGAGCUGCAAAAGGAGCUUCAGCGUUGUCAGAAGGAGUUAGAGGAAGCGCUUGGUCGCCUGCAUGAGGCGGAGCAAAAUGUAAGCUUGUCAGCGCCGCCAAAUGUCGUGGCUGAGUUGGAAUUGAGGAACAGCCAGCUGGAGGAGAAAUGCGAGCUUCUGCGGAAAGAAAUCAAGCGGCAGAGGGAGGCGUUCCAGCGGGAGAAGGGGCAGCAGGAUCUGUCAGUAGCGUCGCCGCCAACAAGAACAACAGGAGGGGCGGCACUUCGUGCUGCUUCUGGAGGAGUCUUUGAGAAGGACAUGUUGUCUCUUGCCACUCAGCAGAGCCAGCGCGACAAUGAGAUGCGCCAUUUACGCGCGCAGUUGCUUGCAAUGGAGAAGGAGAAUGUGGAGAUGAAGCGAGAGUGUGAGCAUAACAACAGUGUCAUUGCGCAAUAUACAAAGGACAUUGAACUUCUCAAAGCUAAGGAGAGAGUGCAGCUGAGUGUGGAGUAUGUGCGGAAUGUCAUACUGCAGUUCCUCUGUUGCUCAAAUGAGGAAGUCCGGAUGCAGAUGGUGCCAGCCAUAGCGACCGUGCUGGAGUUUACGGCAAAGGAGAAGAUGGACGUUCAAAGCGCCAACCCCGCGUGCCCCAGGUUCCACUGA